AUGAGUAAGAAAGUACAAUCAAUAUUUAUAUUACCAAAUAAUGAUAAAUUAACAACUUGUAAAACAUGUGAAAUGACAUAUAAUCAAUCAAUCAAUAAUGAAGUAAAAAUUCACAAUAAGUAUCAUUUAAAAUUCACUAAUGGUUUAAAUUGGCCUCAUCUGUUAAUUGAUAAAACAUUGGAUACAAUAACUAUAGUAGAUAAAAAAGUGAAAUCAACUAAUCAUAAAUCAAUUAUAUCAAAAGAAAUGAAACUUGCAAAAGUCAUCUCAAUUGACAAAAUGAACAAAAAUCAAGUUUUAAAGACUGAGUCAUUAUUAAGAAUGUGUAAUUUGGAAUUGAAUGCUACUCCAGACUCAAAACAAUGGCAAAAAUUUCAAUAUCAAUCAUCAAAGGCUUUUAUUUUAGUUAUUGAUAAGAAAGCGAUUGGAAUAUGUACCACUGAUGAAAUUAAGCCAAUUGAUAGUCGAUGGAUGAUUUAUAAAACUCAACAAAUUGUGACUGAUAAAGAGAUUAAAAAUGUCAAAAUUGGCAUUUCUAGGAUUUGGAUUGCUCCGAAAUGGAGAGGGUUUGGAUUGGCUAAAAAACUACUAGAAAUUGUUUUAAAAUAUUCAAUUUAUGGUGUUGUUUUAAAUAAAAAUCAAAUUGCUUUUAGUCAACCUAGUUACAGUGGUUGUCAACUUGCAAAAUCAUUCAAUGGUGUCUUACACAAGAGUGGUGAGGUACUAAUACCUGUGUAUUUAGAAGGUUAA